AUGAAUAAUAUUAUAGAAAACUCACUUAACUUUUGGCAAUAAAGACUCAACAAUUCAUCACAAGCAUAAGCAAAUAUCCUUUUAAAAAAAAAAUAAAGAACAAUAGUAGACAGAGUAGUGAUAAGAUCAACUAAAUAUUGGAAACAAAUUGCAGAUGAAUUUUCGGCUCAAAGUUCUACAAAUAAAUCUGUUUAAAAUUUGUCAUCAUAAUCUCAUAAUUAAUAGAUUUCUGAUUGCUGA